GCACUUGCUCUCACAAGUUAGUUAAAAAGCAAGACAGCUGCUUAGUUCUGUUCACCCACUCUGACGGAUCAACCACUGCUGAGUGUUGGAAGACACAUCACUGUGGGACGCACACUAUUUUUAAUACGUUGGUAAUAUUACAAUUGUGGAGACUUGUACCUCUGCACCAUAGAGUCUAUACAUUUUUUAAACUGUAGGCCUUCAAAAAUAUAACUUAAAGUUGUGUGUAAGAUGAAAAACCUUUGAUAAAUAUCAAUUGUUCCAAGACUUUUAAAAUGAGAUAAUAGGAUGAAUAACCAUACGUGCAAUGCAAAUGUAUAUUUAUAUAUUUUUAUCAUAUUAAUUCAAACUGAAUUAUAUAUAUGUAUUACAAUUUGCAAUAUCAAUUACAAUACACAAUCACCAAGUGGCAUAUGCAAUGUUUUUACGCUUAUGAUAUUGACAUUGUUUUGAAACUGAAAAUGUUUUAAUUUGAAAAUUGCUAACCGGAAGUCAUGGUUUUCCCUUGACCACCGUGCCAUCGGUGAGGUGCGCAGGAAGACAUCCACGCGGAGGGAACUUUGUUGAACUACAGAUUCAGUGACACCAGAAUGGAGGUUUCCAGAAGAAGAAUCCUCCAAAAGCAUCUAGAGCCAGCCAGACCCCUGCGCCGCAGCAUCCAUGCUGACACUGAGCCCCAAGUAAAUGCUGCUACAUGUGCACAGGCCAUGAUGGCUGAGGAGAAGCAUGAGACUACUAUUGGCAUAGAGCAGUUCUACGAGAUUGUCAACCUCCACAAGCAGAAAGAAGCUAGAAUAUCUUACAGCAGAGAUGUUUUACUUGCUCUUGCAAGUUGUCCUGAGGCCAAGAAGAAGCCGCAAUUCUUGCCAGAGCACCCCAUAGUCCUAAUGAAAGCUAGAGAUUGGGCCCCUAACGCUUCAUGAAGUGAAGUGGAAUAGAGGAAAUGAAGACAUGGUGGCAGAAAGGCUUCGAUCAACCUAACACAUUUGUGCAUGUGUAUAAUACCCAAAAACUGUUUGUUUUUUUUCCUAAUGUUUUGAGUGAAUGUAAUGUAACAUUUCUUAUAUAUUGCAUAUUAGCACUGUUUGCAGUGAUGUGAAAUUGUACAAAAUGAUACAGUACUAAACGCCACUUUAUUUGGCUUUAAGUAUUGCAGUGUGAUUACAUUUUAUGAUGGGUAAGAUUGUGAGUGAGGUAUUUACAUACUGUACAAAUGUUUCAAUAAAAGAUAUCAAUCUUUA